AUGGCGCGGCCCUCCUCGGCGGCCACGUGCAGCGAGUUGGACGCCGUCAGCGCCUUUUGCAUGCGGAUGCGCAUGUUCAGCAGCGCGUCAAACGUGCGGCGCUGCUGGCGCACGGCAAAGCCCUUGUCGGCGUCCGCCUUGGCCGACUGCGAUAUCGGUGCCAGCAUGUGUUGCCGCUCCUCGGCCAAGAUCUUGCGCGUCUCUGCUUGCGCCUUGGCUCGCCUGCUUUUGCCGGAGCUUGGACUUUCCAACAGCGACAUAGUGGUCGGUAUCGGCCCCGACGGCGUCCUUGCCGUCUUCGCUUUCACUUGCGUCGUCCUCAUCCUCAAGCGGCGCCUCUGCCUCGGGAUCAAGCUCUGUGGCCAAAGCCUAGUCAGCACACAAGAACAUACUCCGACAGAUGGACGCCUGAGACAAACCUUUCACUGGGCGCUCUCCGGCGAAGAGGCGGGCACGACCCUUUGCACUCGGCAUAUUUGA